ACAAUAAAAUUCUUUGAAUAUGGACUUUGAAGAACAAUUGGAAAAGGCAGAGAAGUUGUCGUCGCCAUCUCUUGUGGGAUCCUCAUUGAGAUCGGCUGAUGACUCUCAACAUAACAACUAUAUCCAUCCAGAGAAGUACACUAAAUCCAAAAAGGAAUUCAAGAAAGAGAAGGAAAGAUUAAUGAACUCAAGUUUGGCUGCUAGUUUAGACGACUUGAUUAGUGAAGGUGCCUUGUUGGGUAGUGAAGAAGACUUUGAUCGUUACUUGGAUGAUACUGGAAAGGUUAAGGAUGAUGCAAAGUAUACUCCAAGCGAUUCGGAAAAAUCUCCAGCAUCUAAGAAGGAUCUUAGUCUUGAUUCAUUGAAGAUCCAAGAUUCUCAACUGAGUGCUGAAACGAAACCAUCUGCAAAGUCUCCACUUCGCAAUGUUUUCAGCGAACUGGGUGCUGAUGAAGUUGAGAAAACUUUGGAUUCUGAGGACUUUAAAGAUUCAACUUCAGGUGCCAAUUCUGAUGCUCCUGUAUCUGCUCCAGCUCCUGUAAGUGAAUCUAGUAGCUCUUCCAAUGUUCCAUAUUCUACUCCAAAUCUUUCGGAGUAUCAACUUGAUCACCAAAUUACUGAUCAUAAAGAUCUUCUUUCAUCAGUACAAUCGAAUGAUCCUCAUCGUCUUCCAUCUCGUCGUGAUUAUUCUGAAAAUCCAAGACCAACUUCGAAAAAGACUGCAUCUUUUUCAACUCCUUCUGUAACACCAUCUGUUAGUGUGAAUUCAGUUGAUUCUGACGUUGUCCCAAGUAUUGGCGUGGAAGGACUUCAUACCCCAUACUUUCAAAGAGAUGGACGUUCUCAAUCCAGAUCACGUUCAUCUGCUCCUCGUACUGACCGCUCAAGAUCAAGAUCUUCAUCUGCUAGACCUCAUUUGGCCAGAGGUGAUUCAUAUAAGAACACCCAUGGUGAAGAGCCUUCCAGAUAUGAACUUCCUGCCGCUUUAGAGGGGACGGUUCAAGAAGAAGUUGAAGAUAGAAGAAGUAGACAAAGCAGACCAACUAUGGCUGAAGCUGUUGAAAAGGCCGAAGCGGAAGCUGAAGCUGUUGAAAAGGCCGAAGCGGAAGCUGAAGCUGCUGAAGCAUCUGUUGGUAUGGAAUCAUCUGCUUCAUUGGUCACUACUGGUGACUACACCAAUUUUAAUGUAGAUAGACCAGAACCUCAACUUGAGUCUUCGUCGUUAUUUUCCACAAGAAGUCAAUCUUCUACCAACUAUCUUCGUUCGAUUUCUAGAUCCAGAUCAAGACAACCUGUUGAAAAGGACGCAAAGGGAUCUAAAAGAAGAAGUAGUGGGUUGGUCAAUGAAAAGAAUGAUGCUGAUUUGGAAGAUUUGGCCAGUGAAGGUGCUUUGUUAACUGAUGAUCCUUACAGUAGUAUUAGUGGUUUGGAUACGAUGGUUGAAGAAGUUUUAAAGCCAAAGGCUCCUGUUGAAAAUGAUUUACAAGAGCCUUUAAAAGAUGAGUCCGAGGAGGUUUCAGCUGAAGUACCAACUUCAGAGGAAGGUUUUGAAAAGAGCCAUCCAACCUCAGGCGAAUCUAACGAAAACUCUGAAGCCAAGGAGAAGACUCUGAAAGAAGUCGUAGAGUCUGUUGGGGAAGAAGAAUCUGAUAUUGAUGCAGUUGCAGAACUUGAAAAACUUCUCGCCGGAAAUGAUUUGUUAUCAAAGAACCACGCUUCUAAUAAUGAAAUCACUGAUAAGGAUGUUACAAAGGAAAUUGUAGCAGAUGAAGGAGAUAAUGAUGCAGUGAAAAAGGAAGUUAAUGAUAUUCCCAUCAAGCCAGUUUCUAAUGAUGAGGUGAAGAAUAAGGUAGAAUCUGAUAGUAAAGAAAGUGAUAAGGAAUCUGAACGCUCUACUCCAGGUGAAGAUGAAGAAAAGGAGGUUUCUAAAUUAGAGGAUGUUAAAACUUUGGGUUCUGAAAAGAAGAAAACUGAGUCUGUAGAUACAACAUUGGAAAAGGAGACUGUUGAUGCUGAUUCUGUCCCCGGGAAGGGAGAGAGUGUGGAUGAUACUGUUUCUAAAAAGAAGAAAAUCCUUGAUGCCGAAGAUGUCUCUGAAGUUAAGGCUGUGCCAGACAUUGAAGAUGAUUCUGAAGAGAAAGAUGUACCUGUGAUUGAAGAUUCCUCUAAAAGCACGGAUCCUACUGGUACUGAGGGUGUUUCAGAAGAUAAGGAUGUCCCUGGCUCUGACGUGAAGGUAGUCUCUGACGUGAAGGAUGUCUCUGACGUGAAGGAUGUCUCUGACGUAAAGGAUGUCUCUGACGUAAAGGAUGUCUCUGACGUAAAGGAUGUCUCUGACGUAAAGGAUGUCUCUAACGUGAAGGAUGUCUCUGACGUGAAGGAUUCCCCUGUCGGGGAAGAUGUCUCUAAAGACAAGGAUCUCUCUGAAGAUAGUACCAAACCUAACAUUGUAGAAUCAAUUUUAGAUGCAAUUGUCCCUAGUACUUUGAAAGAUGCUGUUGGCGUUGAGUCAAAGAAGGAUGUUGAGACGGUUGCCGAAUCUCAAGAGGUCAAAGAAUCCAAGGAAGUUGAAUCAUCGGAACAAGUUGAAUCUCUGAAGGUAGCCACUGCUCCUGUUGAUACUUCAGUUGACGAAGACUUUGAUGUUUCUCCCGAAGAAAUUCGUAAACAUCUCGAAGCGCAACCAGUUUACAUUUUUACUUCAUUUGCAGGGGGAAUGCAAAUUGUCACGAGAACUAAUCGUCUUCACACCAUUCUUUUGGCUAAUUCUGUCAAGUUCACCCUCCGUGAUUUGGGAACAGAUGACGAAGCUAAGAAGAUUUGGAGAAGGUACUCAAAGGGUAAGACUCUUCCGGGGGUUGUUAGAGGAGACGACUUUAUUGGUAACUGGCAAGAUAUGGAGGAAGCUAAUGAAGAAUACAAGGUUCAAGAACUUAUUUAUGAAACUUUGUAAGUAGAAUUAAUAAAAUAAAAUUUUGAAGAAUUAC